AUGGCCCCUAAGAAGGACAUCCCUGUGAAGCGCCCAGUAGCCCCACCUGCUAAACCAGCCGCUAAACCAGCCGGGCCAAAACCAGGAUUCCUGGCAGGAAAAAGCAAAGUGCCGGAAACGGCACCAGCACCACCAGCGCCAGCACCAGAGAAGCCGAAGGAGCCGCCCGUUGACCUUUCCAAAGUGGUGAUUGAGUUCACCAAAGAGCAGUUGGAAGAUUACAAGGAGGCUUUUGGGCUCUUUGAUCGGGUCGGCGACGGUAAAAUCCAGUUGAGCCAGUGUGGAGAUGUGAUGAGGGCAUUGGGCCAGAAUCCUACCAAUGCUGAAAUCCGGAAAGUCCUGGGACAUCCAAAGCCUGACGAGCUGAAUUCUAAACGGGUGGAGUUUGAAGAGUUCCUGCCAAUGCUGCAAACAGUUGCCAAGAACAAAGAUCAAGCCACCUAUGAAGAUUAUGUGGAAGGGCUCAGAGUCUUUGAUAAGGAGGGGAAUGGAACCGUCAUGGGGGCAGAAUUGCGCCAUGUCCUUUCCACACUGGGUGAGAAAAUGACAGAAGAAGAAGUGGAUUCUCUAUUAGCAGGGCAUGAAGAUGCUAAUGGUUGCAUUAAUUAUGAAGCAUUUGUCAAACAUAUCAUGGCAAGCUGA